UAAUCCUUCCACUCCGCUAAACACAAUGGCAACGGCGGCGUUUGAUCUCAACGAAGAACCUCCGUUGGAGCAUGACAACGGAUUUGAUUUAAACCUGCCGUUAGAUGAAUUUGGUGCAGUCGACUUUGAUUAUCUACAAAACCAUGCUGAUCCUGCUCCCGUGCAACCAAACCAACGAAGGAAAGACAUGUCCGAAGAAGUCAGAAAGCAAGUUUAUCAAACUUUGUUGUUAAGAAGCAAGAAUGGGAAGCUAGGCAAGUCAGAUACAAAAGUUGUGGCUGCUCAGUUUGGUGUACAUCUUCGUCAAGUUCAGCGCCUGUGGAAGCAAGGUAAAACAGCACUUGCAAAUAACAUUCCGGUUGAUGUUGGUAGUCGUAAGAAGGGAACAGUUGGCCGUAAGCCAUCUAUGUCUACUGCUGAUUUGGAAGUUUUGCGUAGCAUUCCUUACAAAGAAAGAAUGACCAUUGAAGAUGUGUGUGCUAAACUUAACAUGAGCAAAUGGGCUAUUCAAAGGUAUUUGAAAAAAGGAUUUCUUAGGCGCCACUCUAGUAGCAUCAAACCGUAUCUCACGCAAGCUAACAAGAAGGCUAGAUUAAAGUGGUGUGUUGAAAUGGUGAAGAGGGAUUUGCUAGCCGACCCAAGAUUUCAACAUCUUGACUUGGGUUUUUUUCGAGCUAUUCAAGCAAUUCAAUACAAGAAGAAUGAAAAAUCAAUAGAAGCUCUAGUCCCAACGGUACAACAGGCAUUCAUAGAGUACUCGGCACACAAAACUAAUCGAAUAUUUGUAACACUGCAAAGUGUUUACAUUGAAGCUAUGAAGGUGAAAGGAUGCAACAAGUUCAAAAUUCCUCACUGA